CCGGGCGCGGGGUACCGCUCAGCCCCAUGAGGAGCCGAAAGCUCACAGGUGAGGUGCGGUGUUCAGCACGCCUGAGAGCCCGCAGCUGCUCGGCCGCCCCGCAGGACGCCGCCGGUGCCACAUCAGCCAAGACAGCAUGCCAGACUUCCUCGUCACACAAGGCCAUAGACAGACGGUCCUCCAAGAAGUUCAAGUGUGACAAAGGCCAUCUUGUGAAAUCAGAAUUACAGAAACUCGUCCCCCAAAAUGAUGGUGCUUCCUUGCCCAAAAUGGCACCGGGGACCCCUCCGGAGUCUGAGUUCGCUGGGGACAGUGCAGCGCUGGCGGGCCCCGCGACUGAUGCCGCUGGCCACGAGGAGGUGGCCGGGCUGCCACUUAGUCCCCGUUCAGCCCAGACUGCGGACAACCCAUCCAGGCCGCAGCCUGGGGCUGCGCCCGGCCACGAAGAUGCCCAGGGCUGCUGCGCCCCCCAGGCCGAGCCCGGGCCGGAGACAGAGGCUGCCCGGGCCCCAGGGCUGGCCAUGGACAACAGUGUCUUCCUAGAUGAGGACAGUAACCAGCCGCUGCCCGUGAGCCGCUUCUUCGGCAACGUGGAGCUCAUGCAGGACCUGCCACCAGCGUCUUCCUCGUGCCCCUCCAUGAGCAGGCGAGAGUUCAGGAAAAUGCAUUUCAGAGCCAAGGAGGACGAGGAGGAGGAUGGCGCUGACGGGUAGAGGACACGCCCGCCAGGUGCCAAGCAGACAGCGUCUGCCUGAGAGUGUAGAGUGAGGCCUUGGAACCGGCCGGGGCAGCACGCGGGGACAGCUGGGCGUUGCUGGCCAUGCCAACAUCACAGCCUGCUCCUGUGCUCAUCCAGGAUGACCUGGCCGGCUCCGAGACAGCUUUCAGUAAGCGAGGCCUUAAUGAAAAUGAGCCCCUCUGCGGAAGCGCGUCAGUUUUAUAAUAUGCAGAUGUAUUUUUCAUGAUCUGAGUUUGAUCAUUCAUGUGAUCGAUGCUGUGCCAAUGAUUAAAGGACUUGCUUUUAUUUCUGUAUAGGAAGUUAACAUUUGCCCUGGAAUUUU